UUUGGUUUAUUUGAUUGGUUAGUUAUGUUAUCAUGAUAUGUUUGAUGGUUUAGGUGUGAAACUGUUGUCGGUAUCACAAUUUCAAACUAAUAAAGUUUAUUUCUACAAAAUGAUACAUUCUGAGCCAAAAAUAUAUUUUUCACAAGAUAGUUUUAACAACUGAUAUAUUUUGAAAAGAAAAAUUAUUUGAUGAUAUUAAAUAUUUUCUUAAUUGAUUUGAAUUAUUUUAAAAAUGGCUGUAAAUAUUUUGGAUGACACUCAUUUAGGAAUAAGUGCAAUAGUUACUGUUUCUUUACAAUUAUUUUUCUUUGCAAUUGCUUCAUAUUUUGAAUUUGAUAAAUUGACUGAUUUUGCGGGAGGGUUGAACUUCCUCAUCAUUGCAGUAUUAACUUUUCUUCUGGGCCAAGCUCAACUAAAACCUUCUUACGACAACCGUCAGUUUAUGGUCACUAUUUUUGUCUGUCUUUGGGGAGUCCGGUUAUCUGGUUAUUUAUUUUAUAGAAUAAUGCAGAUUGGAAGGGAUGCCAGAUUUGAAAAUAGAAGAAGUAAUGUAAUAAGAUUUGCAGUGUUCUGGACCUUUCAGGCUGUUUGGGUAUAUGUCGUUAGUCUUCCAGUAAUAUUCAUAAAUGCUCCACACAAUUCAAUAGCCAGAGGUGCUCCUAAAACCAUGACUCCGUUGGAUUCUACUGGUACAGGAAUGUUUAUUACUGGCCUAAUUAUUGAAACUUAUGCAGAUCUUCAAAAAUUCUCCUUCCAUCAAGAUCCUGCUAAUAAAGGAAAGUGGUGUAAUGAUGGUCUUUGGAGACUUUCUCGUCAUCCUAAUUAUUUUGGUGAAAUUCUGCUUUGGUGGGGAAUAUUUGUAAUAUCCUUAAAUGUUAUUGAAGAAGUUGAAUGGAUUGCCAUUGCAAGUCCCCUGUUCACUACUCUUAUUAUUUUGUUUGUCUCUGGAAUACCACUUGUGGAACGUAAUGCUGAUUUAAAGUAUCGGAAUAAUCAUGAAUAUAGAUUCUAUAAAUCCAGCACAUCUCCACUAAUACCAAUACCACCUGGAAUAUACGUGGAAGUACCCAAGGCAUUGAAGUUUUUACUGUGUUUUGAAUACCCAAUGUAUGACUCGGUUUAUGAAAAAGAGAAAGUAGACUUGGGCGGAGGAGCUUCCUCUUAGCAGAGGCCAAUCCAGAGCAGUGAGAUCAUACGCCUGUCCACCCCACUCCUAUCUACGAGUGUGUAGCCCACCACUCUGUCGUAGUACUGCACCUACAGCUGUACUUCAGUGCAGUUCCUGUGAAGUAAGUUGUGCUUCUGGCAGAUGUCUUGCAGAGCAGUGUUCUCAAUGUCAGCUGUUUUGUGAAGCAUCUCAAUGUAACGAAUGCGAAAUAUUUUCAACUUCUGAACCCUCUGUAUCAACUGUCCGACUUCGUUCCACCCACGUGUAGUUAGUGUAGAAGACUUACAAAUACUAAUAAAACAGUAAUUAUUAAGUCGACUUAAAUGCUAUAUAAAAUGUUAUUUCGAAGCCUCUAUUAACUUAAAAAUUGUUCUUAAGUAUGAAAGUUAGACAGUUUUUAACAUGAACACAAUAAUAUUAAUUAUUUUUUAACAAAAUUUUUCAAAAAAUUUAAGUGUUACAGGUUGUUGAAAAGUAGCUCCUCUCAUAUCCCCUUCUCCUUUUUAUUUGUUUAUAAUGGUAUCUAAUCCUCUUUUAACUAUUAAAAUGGGAUUUAAUAACACCAGAAGAGUAUUUGAAUUAUUCUUUUUAAAAAAUAAGUUUUUAUGCUGUGAUUUUAACCUAACAUCAAAAAGUUUACUGUUUAAAUUUUUACAAUUUUAUGUGACAUAACAAGCUUUACAGCAUUAUAUUAUUUAAGUAAAAUUAAUUUGUAU